UCCUCGCUCUGCCUCUCGCCGCUCUCCAUCCAUGGCGCAUCUCCAGCUCUGAAUCCACCUCGGCUCUGGACACACACCGGCGUCAGCGCUCGAUCCACUCACUGACAAACACACACACACUUUGACAAAUGCAGCGCAGAGGACUGGACCGGCCGAAGACAUCCUGCUGUAUCUGAUCGAGUGCGUUCAUGCGUGAAGGAUGUAGAGCCAGAGGGAGGGGCAGGAUGGAGUGCUCCUGGAAGACGGUGCUGCUGCUGGUGUGUGCGUCUCUGGGGGUCCAGUACACGGCCAUCCGCACCCUGAGGGACUCGCUGUCCGGGCCCUGUCAGGGACCCUACCGCUGCCAGAGCAGGCACUUCAGAGACUCCAGGUGGAGAGCCUUGUGCGAUGACAGCUGGAUGCCUGUUGAUUCGCCUCGGAAGCACAUCCUGCUGUUCGCCACCACCCGCAGCGGCUCCUCCUUCACCGGGCAGCUCCUCAAUCAGCACCCAGGGAUCUUCUACGUCUUUGAACCUCUGUACCACGUCCAGCAGGCCUUCACCAACUCCAGCAGCAGGCUGCGUCGCACCCUGGACCGCCGAUCCCUCCUGGGAGCAUACAGGGAUCUCCUCCUCAACCUGUACACCUGCGAUCUUCACUUCAUGGAGAAUUACAUCCGCCCGGAGCCCCAGGACCAUGUCACCAGCUCCUUCUUUCGCAGAAGCUCCAGCCAUGCCCUCUGCUCCCCUCCCGUGUGCAUGGAAACAGGGGAUGUAGCAGUUUCGGAUUCCCCGGAUGAAGCCUGGUGUCCAAAGAAGUGUGGGGCCCUGAACCUCACCCUUGCCUCUAUGUCGUGUCUUUCAAAGGAACAUGUAGCCAUAAAGACUGUGCGGGUCCCGGAGGUGGGGGACCUGCGCACCCUGACAGAAGAUCCUCGUUUAGACCUGAAGAUCAUCCACCUGGUGAGAGACCCUAGAGCUAUUCUCGCGUCGCGCAUGAUGGCGUUCUCUGAUCAAUUCCGCGCUUGGAAAAUAUGGAACGCAACGGGACGGCAGCCUCGGUACGUGGACCUGACGCAGAUCACCAGCACCUGCAAAGACAUGGCGGCCUCCGCGGCAACAGGCCUGCAAACACCGGCAUGGCUGCGGGGACGCUACCUGCUGGUGCGCUAUGAGGACCUGGCCUUCAAUCCGAAGGACAAAGCCACUGAGAUCUACAGGUUUGUGGGGCUGGAGAUGGAUGACAGGGUGCGGUUGUGGAUUGCAAAGAACACAAACAGUAACGUGUCGUCUCCGUCAGAGUGGAACUACAGGUACUCAACCACCAGAGACUCCAGAGCGACAGCGGAGAGCUGGAGGCUUCGUCUGGGCUUUGACAUCGUCCGGACUUUGCAGAAUCUGUGCAACGACACUCUGGCGCUGCUGGGAUACAAGCAGGUUCACUCUGCAGCCGAUCUCAGAAACCUGUCUCACAGUUUAGUGGAACACAGGAUUUUUCAACCAGUCACGUGGUAGAUUGAUUGGUUGGUUGGUUGGUUGGUUGGUUGGUUGGUUGGUUGGUUGGUUGGUGUGUUGGUU